AUGACAGAUAGAGAUUACGGAGCGGCAUCUCCGCCUUCACCACCUUCAAUAUCUUCCAGACCUCGAAAGGCGGUAUAUGAAGGUCAUGCCACAGUUACUUCGUCCAUCAUCAAUCUAACCAAUACAGCUGUUGGAGCUGGUGCUUUAGCCUUCCCUUCGGCUUUCGCUUCUAUGGGUCUGAUACCUGGUAUCUUAUCUUGUGCAGGAUCAGGUAUAACGGCGAUGUUUGGAUUAUACUGUUUGAGCAGAUGUGCUGCUGUGGUUGGCACUAGACCUGGAGAUGAAGGUAGAAAAUCCAGCUUUAAUGAAGUCGCUAGAUUGACUUUCGGAAAAGGAUGGGCUACAAAGAUUUUUGAUUUGGCAAUAGCUAUCAAGUGUUUCGGUGUCUCAGUCUCUUAUCUUAUCAUCUGUAAAACUUUAUUGCCUCAAGUCUGUUUCACGCUGGCCAAAGUCUUCCAUCAUCCUUUACCAGAUGAUUCAAUACUACUCGCUUCCCACUUCUGGCUAGUAGUAUGGAUGGUCGUAGUUAUACCUUUGUCAUUCUUGAAGACGUUGGAUGCCUUAAGAUUUACAAGUCAAAUUGCUCUUUUGACGGUCGUAUACUUAGUACUGGUAGUAGUCGGAUGGUUCAUCAUCAAAGGUGUUUCUCCCAAUCAUGGAGAAGUUGUACUUGGUCGAUUCGGCAAAAACACACUAUCCAGUUUCCCGGUUCAAGUAUUCGCUUAUACCUGUUCUCAAAACCUUUUUCCCAUAUAUAAUGAAUUGAAGGGCAAGAGCCAAAAGAAGAUGAAUACUGUGAUCGUAGCUUCGAUGGGAUCGGCAGCAGCCGUAUACGAAGUGAUUGGUAUUAUCGGUUAUUUGACUUUUGGAAGCAAAGUAGGCAGCAACGUUAUCGCCAUGUACCCUCCCACUUCGAUUAUCAUCGCGAUUGGCCGACUUGGAAUCGUCCUUCUUGUUGGACUUUCAUAUCCACUUCAAUUAUUACCAUGUCGACAAUCACUACAUCAUCUCACUCAUGGUCUUUUCCAUCAUCACACUUCUGUGUCAAAUCAGAAUGGAAAUCCAUUACAAGAAAAUAGUGAAUCCGAUGAAGAUGAUGACGAUGAAAGUGAAAUCAAUCCUCUUGUUCCUAAAGCAGAUGAUCACGGACAUGUUCACAAGAACGAAAUGAGUAAAAUCGAGUUUAUAGUUAUCACCACUGUUAUUCUAAUAGCUGGAUUCUUGAUCGCUUAUAACGUUCAUGAAUUGGAGAUUGUACUUGGAUUCGUGGGCUCAACAGGAUCAACGAUAAUCACUUUUAUCCUUCCUGGAUUCUUUUACUUCCGAUUAUUCAGAGAGGAAAAUGGAGUUACGAAAUGGUGGGCUUUAGCUUUAGGUAUAUAUGGAUUCGCGGUGAUGAUUUUCUGUUUGACGUUCAAUAUUCUUAAUCUGAUACAAAAAUGA